UUUCCAAAAAAAAAAAAGAAAAAGAAGUACAAAACAUAACCCGCCAUUCACUCGAAAGGCAUAUAUCACACUUCCUCCAUCUUUCUUCAAAACUACUUCUUCCCCUUCUUUCUCUCACAACCUCACAAUCCCACGGCCGUACAAUCUCACAAUCACAUAAUCUCACAAUCUCACAAUCUCAUAGCCUCACAACCUCACUUACUGAAGCACCACAACUGAACAAACCGCAAUGGGCGCCGCUCACUCCUCUUCGCGCUCUGGUACCGCACACGGCAACCACAGCUAUAGCGCAUUCAGCUCGUCUCAUAAGGGACGCCGCUCCCUCUCCAAAGACAAUCUCCACAAUCAUCGCUGCAACACACAGCUCCACUAUCCCAUCCCCAACAACAGCGGCAGUGCUCUCCACCACAACAACUACCUUCAACCGCCUUCCUCGCCCGCAUACAAAUGUCACGGCCGUUCUCAACACAGCAAAAACCAUGCACCACACCAUGGUUCAUAUUCUCCACCAUCGAGCCAUACUUCACACUCAUCCUCGUUGCAGAAGGCAUUUGGUCGACGGAGAUCAUCGAACCAGACGGUCGAAUCACUACCCUCGAGUCUGGGCUCAAAUGUUACUUCGUCGUAUUCUGGAGAGAGUAGCGCAGGAGGACCUUUCGAGGAGCGCGAAUUCCGAUGGCUGCAUGGCCGGCGGUACCAUAACACGGAUAGCCUGUACAUGUUGCCGAACGACACUGAGGAGAUUGAUAGAUUGCAUCUGCAGCACUACAUCUUCAAGAUGCUCAUGGGCAACAAGAACAUUCAUGUGCCCUUUCCCAAGGAGAACGGCCGCAUCAUCGACCUCGGCUGUGGCCCUGCCACCUGGACCAUGGACAUGGCCACUGAGCUGACAUCGGUUAACUUUAUUGGGGUGGACAUCUCACCGAUCUUCCCUACGGCAAUCCAUCCUCGAAACUGCUCUUUUUACCGCGAGAACAUCCUCCGCGGAAUCUCCCAGCCCUCCAACACCUUCGAUGUGGUCUACCAACGAAACGUCGCCCCCGGAUUCACAGUCGAGAACUGGCAACAGGCCCUCGAUGAGACCUACCGACUCCUCAAACCUGGCGGAUGGUUCGAGAGCGUCGAAUCCGAUGUGACCGUCCAGGAUGGUGGACCGUACACAAAGAUGUGCUUUGAGCUCAUGCAGUUUUCGAUGAUCUCAAGGAACGUGGACACAUCGGUGGUGAAGAUAUUGGAUGGGAUGAUGGCCAAAGCCGGGUUCGUGGAUAUCCAGGUGAAGGAGUACUGUGUGCCGCUCGGAGAAUGGGGCGGCAAGAUGGGACAGUUGUGGAAACAGAACUUGGCGGCCAUUCUGGAGACCGUGAAGCCAAAUCUGGUGAAGACGGGGAAGGUUGAGGAGGCACAGGUGGCGGAGAUGGUGCAUACAGCCAUGGAGAAGGAGAUGAAGGAGUUCCGAUCAUAUCAGACAAUAUAUGUUACCUUUGGACGGAAACCAAUUUCAUGACAACCCCCUAUAACGAACAAAUGAUGAAAAUAAACAACCUGUAC